UGGCCACCAACAACACGAAGCACUCUAGAGUAGAAGGCUUUGGGAAAAAGGGUAGCGUCUUACUAUUACACACGAGUAGUAGGUCGAGAUGAAGAGCAGCAGGCUGUUGGUGAUCCUGGUUCUCCAGGCCGUUCUGGUCAUGGGAAUCUUUGCAGCUGUGGCCAAGGAAAACGCCGCAGUUGGGGAGAGCAAGGGCAACAUGGAGACCAACGGAGGCAAGCUCGGGUGCUGCACCAACUGCAACUUCUCCUUCUCCGGGCUCUACACCUGCGACGACAUCGUCAGCAAGUGCGACCCCGUCUGCAAGGCCUGCAAGGUGGUCAAGAAGUACCCCGUCAAGCAGUUCCAGUGCACCGACACCUUCCUCGGCAUCUGCGGCCCACCCUGCAAGAAGAACUAGGUGGCUCACCCCCGGCUGCUGAGCUCAGCUGAGACCACGAAUAUGCAUUCCGAGUUUACACACCAUGAAUACGCCACUGCGGUCUGCAUCUGUGUAUGUGCAUCCCUGCUCAAUCGAGCAUGAGUGAAUAAAAAAAUGGUGGUCAUUCAUAA